CUGAUGCGUCAAACACUCACAGAGGACCCGGCUAUAAAUACGGCUGCGCGCAAGGCACAGUUAGACAUUUUCCCAAAAUCAAACGAAAGACACAACUGAGCAAGAACCGUGGGAAUCCGGCUCAUCCCUCUGAUUACCCUCCACCUUGCUCUACAUUUUGUUUUCUAUAUUUAUUAUCCAGCUCACAAUGUUUGCCAUGGGUGGAUUAUAUGUGCAGCACGUCGUGGUGGCAGCGGUGUGCUCCGUGCUGGCCACAGGGACGCUGGGGUCCCCGGUGGUGGGGCCAGAGCCGAUCCGAUGCGCCCCGUGUACUCCGGAGAAGAUGAGCCAGUGUCCAGCGGUGGCGCCCGGAUGCACCGAGGUGCUGCGGGAGCCCGGCUGUGGAUGCUGCCUCGCCUGCGCCCUGAAGGCUGGGGAGCUGUGCGGGAUCUACACGGCGCCGUGCGGCUCCGGACUGAGGUGCACCCCGAGACCCGGCGACCCCCGGCCGCUGCACUCCCUCACCCAGGGACAAGCCGUGUGCACGCAGAGCCCUGAGCCAGAGCCGACCCCCGAGCCCCAGACUCAAGAUCAGGGAGAGCCAGAGGCUGAGAUGGAGAACGCUGCCAUCGUCUCGGACCCCGGCUCCAGCCACUACCUCCCCGGCCACAGUAAGCCCUACGACCCGAGGGCUGCAGCGGACGCUCAGGAGAGCAUGAAAGCCAAACUCAUCGCCAUCCGCAAGAAGCUGGUGGAGCAGGGGCCCUGUCACCUGGAGCUGCAGAGGGCCCUGGACAAGAUCGCCAAGUCUCAGCAGAAACUAGGAGACAAGUUGACCAGAUUCUACCUCCCCAACUGUGACAAGCACGGGCUUUACAAACCCAAACAGUGUGAAUCCUGCCUGGACGGACAGAGGGGUCGAUGCUGGUGUGUGAUCUCCUGGAACGGCAAGAAGAUUUUAGGCUCGACCGACCUCCCUGCAGACGCCGAGUGUCCCUGAAGGGAUCAACCACUGAUUCAGAUCUCACACACAAACAAACACACACACGCACACACACACACAAAGAAGAAGAAGAAGAAGAAGCCACUGAUUUUUUUCCUUUUUGAUAGCUGUUUAUUUAUUGAUCUUGUCCAUGGUGGUGUUUAAUUCAGGUACACUGUCAUUUCGGGACUGUUCGUCCCCCUCACCCCACCCCCACCCCCCCUCCUUCAAACACCCGUCCCAAAGAGAAAAAAAAAUCUAUUUUUGUUUUUCUGAAAAAAGGAGAUUUUUUUAAUAUUGAUGCAUUUACUUCUACUCUUCAGCCUUAUUUAUUUCAAUUCUACUACUUUUUAUUUGUAAUUAUUUCAUGAGUAUUUAUAUAAUUUUUUUGCCUUAUUGUUAUUAUUAUAUUAUUAUUAUUUUUGUGAGUGUAUAAAGUGUAUAUAUGUAUCUUGGCCCUGAGUAACUCCACUGCUGAGUUGAGCUCGCUCUACCCUUAAGGAGUUGUCUGGAGGUUUGGUUUGGGACAAACCAAGCAAGAACAAAAAGCACUGAGUGACCAAAUGUCAUUUAGAAGAAUUUCUAAAUGUUGUUUUUAUGAUUCAUUUUCACAUCGUUGCCAUUAUUAUGUCCUUUUUUUGUUUGUUUGUUUGUUUUAUUGUUGUCUUUUUAUUUUCUGAUGUCACACAUGAUCAAAUCUUGUCAGUGAACGCAAAACUCUCAGUCGGGAAAUCCUUAAUACAGUCUCAGAAAACAUUUCCCAUGGUUCCAUGGGGCUGCAGAUAGCAUGACAGGAGGUGCCUCCCUGCGCUGCCUCUCAGACGGGUAUUUCUACAUUUACCUACCUCCAAUAUUUAUGUGUCUGCUGUCAGUCGUGUUGAUGUAUCUGUCAAAGAAAAGACUUGCUGUUUGACUUUACAAGUUGCCGUUCUCUCUGACCAAGAACACAUGACCACAAAGAGCGAGUCCGGCGGCGACCCGCGACGCGCUCUGCUCUAUCUACAUGCUGCUGUUGGAGAGAGAAAUAUUAUUAAUGUGAGUGUAUUCCAAAGUGACUAACUGCUCACUCGUGUGUAUGUACACUUUUUGUAAUUGAGAUGUAAUGUAAGAAAAAAAAGGUGAUAUAUUUAAUAAAAACAUUAACCUCA